AUGGAUGAAGGUAUAGAAAUUUCAAGUGAUGGAAAUUCCUUGAUCAAAGCAGUCCAUCAGAGCCGGCUUCGCCUCACAAGACUUUUGCUAGAAGGCGGUGCCUACAUUAAUGAGAGCAACGACCGUGGGGAAACACCUUUAAUGAUCGCUUGUAAGACCAAACAUGUUGAUCACCAGAGUGUCAGUAAAGCCAAAAUGGUUAAAUACCUGUUAGAGAACAAUGCUGAUCCCAACAUACAGGACAAGUCUGGGAAAACUGCUCUGAUGCAUGCUUGCUUAGAGAAAGCUGGUCCCGAAGUUGUUUCUUUGCUCCUCAAGAGUGGGGCUGACCUCAGCUUGCAAGACCAUUCUAGUUACUCGGCUCUUGUUUAUGCUAUAAAUUCAGAAGACAGAGAGACUCUGAAAGUUCUGCUUAGUGCUUGCAAAGCAAAAGGGAAAGAGGUCAUCAUCAUCACGACAGCGAAAUCGCCUUCUGGGAAGCACACUACCAAACAGUACUUAAAUAUGCCGCCUGUGGACAUAGAUGGGAGUCAUCCUCCAGCCUCCUGCACCACUCCUUCAGAAGUAGACAUCAAAACAGCCUCCUUGCCACGUUCACAUUCUUCUGAAACUGAACUGUCCCUUCAUGGCUUUAAGGAUCGUGAGCUCUCUGGAAGCAGUGAUGAUACCUGGGACCCAAGCUCCCCUGCGAGGAAGCCUGCUGUGGCCCUUAAUGGGUCCAAGCUACCCCAGGCUCCGCCCUGGCUCAGGAGUCCCCCAUCCUUAAUGCACCAGAACAGAGUGGCUUCAUUGCAAGAGGAGCUCCAGGAUAUUACUCCAGAGGAAGAAUUAUCCUAUAAAACCAAUGGGCUGGCACUUUCCAAGCGAUUCAUCACUAGGCACCAAAGCAUUGAUGUAAAAGACACUGCACAUUUGCUGAGAGCCUUUGAGGCCAGCUCAAGAAAGAUGUCAUAUGAUGAAAUAAAUUAUCAGUCUCCUUUUCCAGAAGGAAAUCAGCAAUGCCUUGAAAUCCCUGUUGACCAGGACCCAGAUUCUACCCAGACAAUAUUUACUUCCACCUUAAGAAGUAUAGUUCAAAAAAGAAACUCGGGGGCAAAUCACUACAGCUCUGAUUCCCAGCUCUCAUCGGGUCUUACCCCUCCAGCUUUAGAAGAUGGCAAAGCACUUACAGGAAAGAAAAAGAUCCUUUCGCCAUGUCCUUCGCAGGUGUCAGGGUCCAAAGAAUUGUUGGAGAAUAUGCCUCCGGGUGUCCUGAGCAGGAGAAAUCAUGCAGUUCUAGAACGGCGUGGUUCUGGAGCUUUCCCGUUAGAUCACAAUAUUACUCAAACCAGACCAGGAUUUCUGCCACCCUUAAAUGUAAAUCCUCACCCUCCCAUAUCAGAUAUCAAUGUCAACAGCAAGAUUUGCAGCCUUCUUUCUUGUGGUCAAAAAGUGUUUGUUCCAACAGUUCCUAUUUUCCCUAAAGAAUUCAAAAGUAAAAAAAUGUUGUUAAGGAGACAAUCACUGCAAACAGAACAAAUUAAGCAAUUAGUAAAUUUUUAAGAGAUGGAUAGAAAACACAUUUUCUUCAGAUGUCUCUAUCAGAGAAAUAUAGAAUUAGAGAAGAAAUCAUAAAUGUUCAUCCUUUUAAAUCUCGUAAUUGGUUAGUCCAUAAUGGUUAGGCAGAUCAAAAUGUAAUGUGUGUUGUACUAGUCACCAUGAACACACAAAUAAUAUAUAGUUUCUGCUAAGGUAAUUCUCUCAAACAAAAUGAAAGCUAUUUUUCUUAAAACCUCCAAUAUAUAACAACCUUCAUGUGGUCCAAAUUU